GCAAAGAACCCGCUGCUGGAGGACACGAGCAUGACUCUGACAGCCGGCGUUUCCCCAGAAAGAUGCCAUUCCCGAGGAAAUCAAAAAAAGUCCACUCGGUAGCAGGCUGUUCAUCUUUGGACUACCAGAAAGCUGAUGAUGAGAUGUCUAGCACUGCAAAUACAGAGUUGGAUCAAGCAGCAAGAGUUAUUAACAUUAACCUACCUCAGAUAACUAAAUUUUGUGAUAAUCAUAUCAGCACAGCAAAAUACAGCGUGAUAACAUUCCUGCCUCGCUUCUUGUACGAACAGAUCAGAAGAGCUGCAAAUGCUUUCUUUCUGUUUAUAGCCUUAUUACAACAAAUUCCAGAUGUGUCUCCUACAGGAAGAUAUACAACUUUGAUGCCACUUAUCUUCAUUCUCUCAGUUGCUGCCAUCAAAGAGAUCAUUGAAGAUUAUAAAAGACAUAAAGCUGAUAAUGAUGUCAACAAGAAGAAAAUAAAAGUUUUGAAAGAUGGCAAGUGGGAGAUGGUUAUUUGGAAAGAGGUUGUGGUGGGGAAUUUUAUAAUGGUCACCAAUGGACAACGUCUUCCAGCUGACAUUCUCAUUGUCUCCACUAGUGAGCCACAGGCAAUGUGCUACAUUGAAACGUCAAAUCUGGAUGGCGAAACGAAUCUCAAAAUAAGACAGGGUUUGCCAUCAACUGCAAAUGUGCAAUCCACUGCAGAUUUAAUGAAAAUGUCUGGGAAUUUGGAAUGUGAUGCUCCCAAUCGACAUCUCUAUGACUUCACUGGCAAUCUCCGAAUUGGGGACCAUCGCCCUGUUCCUGUAGGACCCGACCAAAUUUUGUUGAGAGGUGCACAACUGAAGAACACGCAAUGGAUUUAUGGGCUUGUAGUAUAUACUGGACAUGAUACAAAGCUGAUGCAGAAUUCAACCAAGGCACCGUUGAAGAGAUCCAACGUUGAAAAGGUUACAAAUAUGCAGAUUCUGAUUCUCUUCUGUAUUUUACUGGUUAUGUCUCUGGUGAGCGCCGUGGGCACUGAGAUUUGGAACAAACAACACAAUACUUCCGACUGGUACCUGAACAUGAGCAGUGGUACCACACCUAAUUUUGGGUACAACCUUCUCACCUUCAUCAUUCUGUACAACAACCUUAUUCCAAUCAGUUUGUUGGUAACCUUGGAAGUAGUUAAGUUUACACAAGCUCUUUUCAUUAACUGGGAUAUGGAUAUGUAUCUGUCAGAAACAGAUACACCAGCAAUGGCCAGAACUUCUAAUCUGAAUGAGGAGCUUGGCCAGGUAAAAUACUUAUUUUCAGAUAAAACUGGUACAUUAACUUGCAACGUCAUGGCAUUUAAGAAAUGUUCCAUUGCUGGAACUGCAUAUGGUCACAUCAUGGAUUCUGAUGCAGAACGGUCUUCAGAUGACUUGGGACACAUGCUUACGUCCAAGGAAUCAGCUGAAUUUGAUGAUCCAACAUUAAUAGAUAACAUCGUCAAUGGGCAUCCAACUGCCAAUGAAAUCCAGGAAUUUCUCAUUAUGAUGGCAAUUUGCCAUACAGUUGUUCCUGAAACGGACGGCAAUGAUGUUAAGUACCAGGGCUCAUCACCAGAUGAAAAUUCAUUGGUAAAAGCGGCAAAGAAGCUUGGAUUUGUUUUCACUGCAAGAACGCCAGAUUCUGUCGUUAUAGAUGUUAUGGGAAAAGAGCAGAUAUAUGAGCUUUUGAAUGUUCUGGAAUUUUCCAGCAACAGGAAGCGAAUGUCAGUGAUUGUUAGGAUACCAUCAGGGAAUAUCCGACUAUACUGUAAAGGAGCAGAUAAUGUCAUUUUUGAAAGACUUUCUGAAUUGUCAAAUUACAAAGUUCAGACAUUGAAUCAUCUUGAUCAGUUUGCUGCAGAAGGUUUAAGGACGUUGUGUUUUGCAUAUACUGACCUGGAAUUUCAUGAUUAUAAGCAGUGGACUCAAGUUUAUCAUGAAGCUAGCACAUCUCUUCAGAACAGAGCCAGCAAGCUUGAGGAAUGCUAUGAACUCAUUGAAAAGAACUUGUUGCUACUUGGAGCAACUGCCAUUGAAGAUCGUCUUCAGAAUGGAGUACCUGAAACCAUCUCAACGUUAAUGAAAGCUGGAAUUAAAAUAUGGGUCCUUACUGGCGAUAAGCAAGAGACUGCAAUUAAUAUAGGUUAUUCAUGCAAGCUUUUAUGCCAAAAUAUGACACUGCUAAUAGUGAAUGAAGAUUCUUUGGAUGAAACCAGAGACACAAUUAAUCGUCACUGUGAAGACCUGGGUGAAUCCUUGAAGCAAGAGAAUGAACUUGCCCUUAUCUUAGAUGGAAAUACAUUGAACUACGCUCUUUCAUAUGAAGUUCAAAAUUCAUUUUUAGAUCUGGCUUUAUCUUGUAAAGCUGUUAUCUGCUGCAGAGUCUCACCUCUCCAGAAAUCAGAAAUUGUACAAAUGGUCAAAAAGAAUGUUAAUGCCAUCACUCUAGCGGUUGGAGAUGGAGCCAAUGAUGUGGGGAUGAUUCAGACUGCGCAUGUUGGAGUAGGAAUUAAUGGCAACGAAGGCUUGCAGGCCACCAACUCCUCUGAUUACUCCAUAGCACAGUUUUCGUAUUUAGAAAAACUUUUACUGGUCCAUGGAGCCUGGAGUUACAUCCGAGUGACAAAGUGCAUCCUCUACUGCUUUUACAAAAAUGUGGUGCUGUAUAUAAUUGAGCUUUGGUUUGCAUUUGUCAAUGGAUUUUCAGGGCAGAUUCUCUUUGAGCGAUGGUGUAUCAGCCUCUAUAAUGUGAUUUUCACUGCUUUACCUCCCUUCACAAUGGGCAUUUUUGAAAGGACUUGUAGCCAAGACAACAUGCUGCGAUUCCCACAACUUUAUAAGAUUUCCCAGAAUGCAGAUUGCUUCAACACAAAGGUUUUCUGGGGUCACUGCAUAAAUGCGUUGAUCCAUUCCAUCAUUCUCUUCUGGAUUCCACUAAAGACACUUGAACAAGAUUCAAUUUUUAUGAGUGGAUAUGCUAUGGACUACUUAGUUCUUGGGAACAUUGUUUAUACAUAUGUCGUUGUAACUGUGUGUUUGAAAGCUGGCUUUGAGACAACUGCAUGGACAACGUUCAGUCACUUGGCAGUGUGGGGCAGCAUAUUGUUGUGGUUGAUCUUUUUGGCUGUCUACUCUGUUUUCUGGCCCACCAUACCUCUGGCACCAGACAUGCUUGGACAGGCUGAGAUGAUCAUGAAAUGUGCAGCAUUCUGGUUUGGACUGAUUCUUGUGCCCAUUGCCUGUUUGUUAAAAGAUAUAUUUUGGAAAGCAGGUUGGCAUACUUACCGUAAGACUUUAUUGGAGGAGGUUCAGGAGCUAGAGGCACGAUCCCAAGAUCCUUCAAAGGCUGUAUUGCGUGAUGUCAGUGCAAAGAGCCUGAAUGAGCGUGCCUAUUUGCUGAAGAGAGUGUUUAAAAGAAGUUCUUCAAGCCUUGCUCGGGCCCACCCCAGUUACCGUGUGUCACAUGGGUAUGCUUUUUCUCAAGAGGAAAAUGGUGUGGUUUCACAGAGAGACUUAAUCCGUUCAUAUGAGACCCACAAAGUGAAAUUAACUGCAGACUGACCAGAGUUACCUUCUUCAAGUAUUGGACUGAUUAGCAAUUCCUGAGCGUGCUGAUCAUCAGUACUGUUCGUAAUCAGUGAUAUUUAAGAGAAAAAAAAAUCCUCUUACUUGUGGCCUUAGCCAAAAAGAUGGAUUUAUAUAGAUUCUCUUCUGAAAUUUAAUCCUGUAUUUUGCGUUGCUGUUUUGGUCAGACUGAAAUAAUGUUUUAUAUAUACAUGAAAUAUAGCUGCUUAUAAAAAAUAAUUGUUGAAAAGUGCUGUGCCUUUAGGUGGAAUGGAACAGAACUGCCACUCCUUACCCCACACCCUCCCACCCAACCUCUCAAAGUCUCACAGGUUCAAAACAUCUUUUAUCUGUACUGGAGCUGAAGGAUGGAGUGGGUGAGGUAUUUGUAUAUUUAAUUCAUUUGGCCCACAGCAUCUGAAUUUUCACUGCAAUUUCUUGGCAGUGGGAGGAUGGGGACACAUAGACCCUGCCAUUGGAAGUUGGUGAAUGCCUUUGAGAUCUCGUAUUUGUUAUAAAAAGAAAGUACAUACACAGCUGUUCAACUUGUCAUACAAUAGUAACAUAUGAGCAACCUAGCUGUAUCUCAAAAAAAACUAUAGACGAUCAGAAUGAGCUCAUAUCCCAGACUUGCUAUUUAAAUCACUGGGAUUCCUGUUGGUCUGCCUAAUGCUUUUGUGAUAUUCUGAUGUAUUAUAAUAUUACCAAACAAUGUUUUGUGCAGCAAUCUAAUUACCAAAUGCAGAAAAAUCUAAUUACCAAAUGCAGAUAAAUGGUAUGUUACCCUUUUUGGGAAAAUAUCAUCUUUGAUGGUUUGGAACACAUAUGUGACUUAAUCUGCAUGUGUUCGGUUGUUCAGAUAGAGAGGUGUAAUGUAAAUCACUACCCACUGCUUCUCACUUACUGAACAACUGACUUGGACUUCCUUCUAGGGAAUAACUAAGUGAUCUUCCCAUAUGAUAUGAGCCCCAACUGAAACUGUUGUUCCUAUCUCAUUUCUGGCCUCUAUCCCCCUGCUAGGUAUUUUGCAAUAGACUGCAGUAGCUGCUAUUUCAACAGAGCUGAAUCUGUGGCUCAUGAAUAUCUGGAGAAAAUGAAUGCCCCAUUAUUUAUCCCCAGUAUGCAUUUAAAAACCAAGUAUGUUCAUAGUUUAGAAGUCAACUGAAGUCCAAAGAUAAAUCCUGUCUGAGCCACAGCUAUUACUUUUUAAAAUUAAUUCUAAGGGCAUUUAGAAUUAGACUCAAGUUACAUUUUUUAAAUAUACAGUACCUUCUAUAAGAAUUAUUCUAUAAAUAUUGAAUUAAAGCAACAAAAAUU